UUCAAUCAAUCACAUCUCUAGAUCAUGUGACUGUUUAAAAUGGCGAAGCUCGGCAACAUUAUUGCCGGUAAAACUGUAUUCUUUUGUUGUGACAUGCAGGAGAAAUUCAGACCAGCGAUACAAUAUUUUUCAGAUAUUGUUACUUGUGCAAGCCGACUGCUGGAGGCAUCAAAGAUUCUAGAAAUUCCAGUUAUUGUAACAGAACAGUAUUCAAAAGGUCUAGGCAAGACUGUUUCAGAGCUUGACAUAUCACAUGCAGCAGGAGUAUUUGACAAGACAAAGUUUAGUAUGGUUCUACCAGAGGUGGAGGAGAAGAUGAAGCACCUGUGUGAGGGAGAUGUGACACAUGUUGUUCUGUUUGGGAUUGAGGCUCAUGUUUGUGUUCAGCAGACAGUGAUAGACUUGCUAGAGAAACGUAUAGUGGUCCAUGUGAUAGCUGAUGCUUGCUCAUCUAGAAGUCAGAUGGACAGACAGUUUGCAUAUGAGAGAUUUCGUGCUAUGGGAGCUACUGUGACAACUAGUGAGGCCAUACUUUUACAGCUUGUUGGGGAUAAAAAUCAUCCCAAAUUCAAGGAAAUACAAGGACUUAUAAAAACCAGUGCACCCACAUCAGGGCUUGUCAAACUUUAAUAUACAGUAUCAGUUUCAAAGGUGAUUUUGAAAUAGGCUUAAUAGCAGACUGCUUGGCUUAAAUUAACUGAGCUGUUAUGGUCUGCAUGUGAAUAUGGAACAAAGCCAACUACAUUAUGUAUACAGAAGGUUGUGUAAAGUUUGACCAAUGUGGACAAAAUGCCAUCUUUUUUUUUUCAAACAUGAUAUCCAUAUUUUCAUACAUUUAGUGAAAGAAAUGACAGUUAUCACCAUGAGAAAAAGAGUUAGUUUUACCUUGACUGUUCAAAGAAUAGGUAGAGCUAUUGCACUCGAACAGUUGUCGCCAUCUGAUUCCAGAUUUAGUUAAGUUUUGUAUUUAAGCUGGCACCUCUGUGUGAGGGAAUGGAUUGAAAAGACACAGGUUUCGUAAGCCAACUUUGCAUUUUAACAAACUUAUGCCCUUUUGACAUUGUAAGCUGGUAUGUCAGUAACUACUCGUGGGAAUGGAUUGAAACAUAAAAUACUAAGUCUUGUACCCUUUAAUAAUUUGAUGUGUAAUUUAGAAUAUGCUAUCUCAGUUGUCAUCAUAAGAGGGGAAGUUCUACAGUCAAAACUGUUGCCCUUUUUGCCCUUGGUUAUGAUUUUACUAUUUUGUUAAUAACAUGGAUUUUUAAUACAAAAUUGUUGCUGUCUUGCAACAGCUUUUCAUGUUGAUUUUUAGCUCACAUGUCACAAAGUGACAGUGUGAGCUUUUGUGAUCGUGCAGCGUCCGUCGUCCGUGCGUCCGUCCGUCCGUGCGUCCGUGCGUAAACUUUUGCUUGUGACCACUCUAGAGGUCACAUUUUUCAUGGGAUCUUUAUGAAAGUUGGUCAGAAUGUUCAUCUUGAUGACAUCUAGGUCAAGUUCGAAACUGGGUCAACUGCGGUCAAAAACUAGGUCAGUAGGUCUAAAAAUAGAAAAACCUUGUGACCUCUCUAGAGGCCAUAUUUUUCAAAAGAUCUUCAUGAAAAUUGGUGAGAAUGUUCACCUUGAUAAUAUCUAAGUCAAGUUCGAAACUGGGUCACGUGCCAUCAAAAACUAGGUCAGUAGGUCAAAUAAUAGAAAAACCUUGUGACCUCUCUAGAGGCCAUAUUUUUCAUUGGAUCUGUAUGAAAGUUGGUCUGAGUGUUCAUCUGGAUGAUAUCUAGGUCAAGUUUGAAACUGGGUCAGCUGCGUUUAAAAACUAGGUCAUUAGGUCUAAAAAUAGAAAAACCUUGUGACCUCUCUAGAGGCCAUACUUUUGAAUGGAUCUUCAUGAAAAUUAGUCAGAAUGUUCACCUUGAUGAUGUCUAGGUCAGGUUCGAAACUGGGUCACGUGCCAUCAGAAACUAGGUCAGUAGGUCAAAUAAUAAAAAAAACCUUGUGACCUCUCUAGAGGCUAUAUUUUUCAUGGGAUCUGUAUGAAGGUUAGUCUGAAUGUUCAUCUUGAUGAUAUCUAGGUCAAGUUCGAAACUGGUUCAGCUGUGGUUAAAAACUAGGUCAGUAGAUCUAAAAAUAGAAAAACCUUGUGACCUCUCUAGAUGCCAUAUUUUUCACAAGAUCUUCAUGAAAAUUGGUCUGAAUGUUCACCUUGAUGAUAUCUAGGUCAAGUUCGAAACUGGGUCACGUGCCAUCAGAAACUAGGUCAGUAGGUCAAAUAAUAGAAAAACCUUGUGACCUCUCUAGAGGCCAUAUUUUUCAUGGGAUCUGUAUGAAAAUUGGUCUGAAUGUUCAUCUUGAUGAUAUCUAGGUCAAGUUCGAAACUUGGUUAGCUGCGGUCAAAAACUAGGUCAUUAGGUCUAAAAAUAGAAAAACCUUGUGACCUCUCUGGAGGCUAUACUUUUGAAUGGAUCUUUAUGAAAAUUGGUCAGAAUGUUCAUCUUGAUGAUAUCUAGGUCAAGUUCGAAACUGGGUCAUGUGCCAUCAAUAACUAGGUCAGUAGGUCAAAUAAUGAAAAAACCUUGUGACCUCUCUAGAGGCCAUAUUUUUCAUGGGAUCUGUAUGAAAGUUGGUCAGAAUGUUCAUCUUGAUGAUAUCUAGGUCAGGUUCAAAACUGGGUCACAUGAGGUCAAAAACUGGGUCACUAUGUAAAAUAAUAGAAAAAAAUGAUGUCAUACUCAGUUCAAAACUGGGUCAUGUUGGGACAGGUGAGCGAUUCAGGACCAUCAUGGUCCUCUUGUUCUCAUUUUAAAUUCUUGUUUAACAGAAUCAAAGGGGGACUUUCUCCACCUUGGUCAAAUGAUGCACGAGCGAUUUUAUCAAAAGAAAAUGCAGUGCAUUGACCUUUGGGCAGAUAUAUGCCAGUUAAUAUAUAUUUUGAUACACAUUAUCUCAGAUUGUAAUCUAUUAUCUGACUUGUAUCAUAUUUAUUUAUUGACACAAAGUGUGUAUGAAUUGUCUGCAUUUUAUUUCCAACAUAAUAUGAAAUAACAAUGUGCAAGAAAAUGUAAUGUGUUUACAAUAUCAUUUGAAGUAACACUAUAAUAGUAUAAAGGCCUUAUAAUGUGACAUGUUGCAUUAGUACCUCAGAAACAAACAUCUUUGUUUGCUUAUUAGAAGCAUUUUAUAAUGUAUUUAGUCAUAACUCAUAGAAAUAAAGGCAAUACCUAGCUCAUAAUCUCAAAACAUGCACAACGGAUAACUUCAUUUUUCAUAGAAUGAUAAAACUUUUGCUGGCUAGAAGGUAUUACGAAACAUACUGGCAUACUGACACUUCAUCGAGGCUUGUCAUCAAAAGUUUGACAUCAUAUUCUUGACCAUGAACAAUAAUAAUAAACAUAUCAGUAUUGUAACUAAAAAUUUCAAAAAUAAAAUGGAACAAAAGUCAAUCA